AUGGCACUCGUCAAUUCAACUUUAAUGAAUGAGACAAUGCGUGCAGUGGUCUGGCAAGGCAAUGCGUACAAUGUGGCUGUUGUUGACUUGCCAAUGCCUACAAUUAUCAAUCAAACUGAUGCAAUUAUUCGCAUGUCCCGAGCAGCUAUAUGUGGCUCAGAUCUUCAUAUUUAUCGUGGAACGAAUGAGGGCAUGCCAGCCCCUUUUGGUCUUGGUCAUGAAGGAGUAGGAUACGUCUCAAAGAUCGGAAGCGGAGUGGGUUCUCUCCAAGUCGGCGAUCCUGUUAUCGUGCCCUUCACCGUCGACGAAGGACACCUACAUACAGAUCUCACCUCCUCAUUGUAUGCCAGCUAUGGAAAUGGUGGUGAUAUUGGCGGUACCCAGGCUGAAUAUCUACGAGUUCCCUUCGCCGAUGAUGGACUGAUCCCAAUUCCAUCCCUUGAACAUACGAACUCAACUACAAACGAAUCCGUCUCGCUGAUCAACGACUAUGUCAUGCUUUCCGACAUCUUCGCUACUGGAUGGGCAGCCCUCGAUUACGCCGGUUUCCAGCCGGGCGAUACUGUAGCGGUCUUUGGUGCCGGACCUGUCGGACUCAUGACAGCCUACUCUGCGACAUUACGAGGUGCAUCAAAGGUCUACAGCGUGGAUUAUGUUGGUGAUCGACUGGACCUUGCAGAAUCUAUUGGUGCAAUCCCGAUAAAUUUCCAAGACGCCGACCCGGUCGACCAGAUUCUAGCACUCGAGCCAGACGGUGUCUCGAGGAGUGUCGAUGCAGUUGGCUAUGAGCAAGUUAAUAGAAACUUGACUGUGCAAUCCGACGUUAUCAUUAACAACAUGCUCGCCGUGACAUCUGCAGGUGGUGGACUUGGUACGGUUGGAGUGUACAACCCUGAAUCGAACAACACGGCCACAGCACCACGCGCUUCCACCGUGCACACCGAUGUUCAUUUCUCCCUCUCUGAUUUCUUCUCUGGUGGGUACAAGUGGGCGGCUGGUCCUUCAGACCCGAUUGAGCUCGCUCCAAAUCUCGUGCAUCUUGUUGCUUCAGGAAAGGCAAGGCCUGGGUUUAUUGUGAGUGACGUGAUUGACAUUGAGGAUGCCCCUCAGGCCUAUGCAAGAUUCGAAAGACAUGAAGCAACCAAAGUCAUCAUUGCCUUUGAUUGA